AGAAGACGAUUUGGGGACAACUGCUCGUCUGUGUUGUACUGUACUGUACUAGUUUUGUACAUACAGCGCCCCAAUCCAAAUCUAGGGUAGAAACCGUGAUUCCUGCUGCCCGUGAUCGACCUUCAUCGGGACUCCAAGCGAAGGCCCGCCCGUUCAACCGUUGGUCCUAGAUGGACUGGAUGAAGCCGAUCAUCCAGAAUAAGUAGCCCAACAUGCUUUGACACCCGGGCAUCAUGAUGGAUCCACUCAAUGGAUUGGGCAUGGCCGGCGGAGCUAAUGGGCGGGGCGAGCCCGCAGCCGAGCUCAAGACCCAGUUCAUGACCCGCGAAGGCCUCUACACGCUCUUAAGCUACCCCAAAUACGCCAAACCCAGCUCUCGACUGGACUACAGCGGGCCUGCUACCUUGGGGCGCGAUGGGCUGUUGAGCGCUGCCGGGUCAGCGGGGGCCAGCGCAGCUAGUGGUAAUGUGGGCGCCUUGGGCGCGCCUGUGCGUGUGUCCUUUGCGCCAGCUAUUCCGGCGCGCUCUAGCUCGUUGAACAGCUCAGGCGCCUCAUCCAAUGGCGAGGAGCGGAGCGGCGGGUGCGCUACCCCCAAUGGUGGAGCUGGCUCCGGCACGCUGACCCCUACUACCCCUUCGCAAUAUUGUGGCGAGAAGAUUACCUUCAAUUUUGGCAAGGAGAUCUUCGUUUACCCUUACAAAGGAUUGAAAAGGGCCGGCGAUCUCAACAAGCCCAUCGAUAAAAGGACAUAUAAAGGCACCUGUCCCACGUGCCAUGACUUUGGCCCGGUGUCUCCCAAUAGUGAUAUUAUGCCUCUCCUGAUUGGUUUCUCCUUGGGACAAAUUCAGUUGGUGGAUCCAAUUCGGAAAGACUUGUCAAAGCUCUACAACGAGGAGCGCCUCAUCGAAAAGUCUCGCGUGACGUGCAUCAAAUGGAUUCCGGGCUCACCCCAUUCCUUCCUCGUGUCCUACUCGUCAGGGCAUAUGUACAUCUACAAUCAGGACCUGACCUGUCCACCCACGGUACCCGUGUAUCAAUCCUUCAAAUGUGGCGAGGGCUAUUCCAUAUCCACGUGCAAGACCAAGAGCUCCCGUAAUCCUGUCUACCGGUGGUCCGUAGGCCUGGGGGCCAUCAAUGAGUUCGCCUUUUCCCCUUGCGGGCAUUUCCUGGCUGUGGCCUCACAGGACGGUUACCUCCGAGUAUUUGACUACGACAAAAUGGAGCUCAUCGGCAUUGCCAAGUCCUACUUUGGGGGUCUCCUGUGCGUGGACUGGUCACCGGAUGGCAAAUACUUGGUCAUGGGAGGAGAGGACGACCUAGUCACCGUGUAUAGCGUGGGCGAGAAACGGGUAGUGGUCAGAGGCCAAGGCCAUCAGUCCUGGGUGUCACAAGUGGCCUUCGAUGCGUACAACUUGAGCUACGGGGAUGUUCCCGACGGCCUUGACUUCUCGGGCUCCGAUGAGGAGGACAGUUCUUUACCUAGUCAGCAAAACGGAGGUCCCAUGCCCGGGGUGGCCAAUGCCAAUCCAAAUCAACACCACCAGCACCAUCAUAUCCCUUCCACCAACCCAGUCUUGUCUCCCUUGAGCGACCAACACGUGACCUGCUACCGUUUCGGCUCCGUGGGCGAAGACACUCAAAUCGGCCUGUGGGACAUCACUGAGGACACGCUGAAAAAGGCCUCCCUAAUGGGCUCGUUCUCCGCCGGGAAAACCAGUUUGCUUCCUAGUCAAGAGAGUAAUGCCCAAUCGGCCAGUCACGUCCAUAACUCGUUAUCGUCAUCCUCGCCGCCAUUGGCCCAUACAAGCGGCUCUUCGUCCAGCAAAGAUUCGGGACUGGCCUCGGGAGAUACGGCUUCCGUGGCUUCAACGGGGAGUGUGUCCACAUCCACGUCCUUGAGCCAGAGAUUGGCUGCUCUGAACUUCAGUGAUAAGAACAAGGAACACAAACGGAACUUUUCCCUCACGGGCAAGAGCAGUAGUGAUAGAGCAAGUAAUAGUCAGACCUUGAACGGCAAGGGCGCCACUCACGCCAUGGGUCAAGCUGGGAAUUCCGCCUUAAACGGGGCCAUCCCCGAAUAUGUGAAGUUGGGCUCGCCCCAGUGUCCAAGACUGAAUGAGAUCCCGUUGAUCGAGCCCCUUGUGAUGAAGAAGAUUGCCCACGAGCGUUUGACGGCCUUGGUGUUCCGCGAGGAGUGCCUCGUCACGGCCUGCCAAGAAGGCCUGGUGUGCACAUGGGCCAGACCGGGCAGAGUGAGCAACAGUUAUUCGGGUACGAUGUGUCCGGGGAGUCCGCCUCCGCCACCCGCGAGUCUAGGUCCACAUCCUCAGCCACCUACAUUGGCGCCAAAGCCUCCGGGAUCCAUUGGAACGGAGAGUCCCGCCCCCAGCCCGAACAAUCCCCCGCCUCCACCUCCGCCCUCUUCCUCUAGAGAGCCCGCUUCGUCAGGGACCAUUGUCUGAGGACGGAAGUUCCUGACCACCCCCUUGAGACGGAUGCCCUGGAGAAUAUCCCCACUCAUGGAGGAAGGGCGCUCUGUUCAAGGACAAACAAGGGAGGAUCAAUAUUUGCAAUUGAAACAUGAGAAAAACAUUGUCAGAUCUUAAUAUUUUGUUCAUGAAUGAGAAGAAGACCGACUUUUGGGUGAUUUGCAUAACCACUACUAUUACUACUUCAACAACAAUCACUACAAGAGCAACAAUUCCCUAGAUGAUUAUUACUAUUAUUAUUAUUAUUACUACUACUUUGAUUAUCAGUGCUCUCAUUAUUAUGAUUAUUAAUAUUAUUAUUAUUAUUAUUACUAUU